CACUCGGGUGGCUGUGGAGACUGUCACUGCCUUCAUAGCUGUAAAUACACUGGGCUCAAACAGCAGCGUGAGCGUUGUGUCUCUGUGCUUUCAUUUCCUCAGGAUUUUCAAGGACGCAGGACUUCAAUCUAUUUUCAUAAGAGGAUUGUUGGAUUCUCUUAUUUUUUCCUCUUUUGGGAACGUCUCAGGAUGUGUGGCUUACUCAAUCACACAAGAAGGAUAUUUUCGGCUCUUCUGGAUAUUGAUUUCAAAGUUGAGAGUUGUUUUUGGGUUGAUUUCGGGGAUCGCUGUGUGAUUGCAUCGGGGUUUUAUUGCCAGGGUUGAUGAAAGCUGGUGAAAGUCAGACAGUGAGUCAUUGGUGAUGUUACUGCAUGACCUACUGUAGGACAACCACCACCAGAGCUGUCGAGGGAAGCGAGAGAUGCAGUGAAGAAUAACCGACACACCUCGGGUCAAAGGUUAAACGCUCACCAGGAAGUGGAGGUGCAGGAUGCAGUCUCUCGCCCAGGAGCAGCCGUUGGCCCUCACCGCGGUGAAGUCACACUGUCCGACCAAUGGGAAAGAAGAAGAGGUGAAAUCAGAUGCAGAUUCCAUGGAGGAAGAGGCCGAGUUUAACUGGGAGGAGUACAUGGAGGAAACGGGGGCCAACGCCGCUCCUCACACCACCUUCAAACAUGUGGAGAUCAGCCUGCAGAGCAGCUUCCAGCCCGGUAUGAAGCUGGAAGUGGCCAAUAAGAGCAGCCCGGACUCGUACUGGGUCGCCACCAUCAUCACCACGUGCGGCCAGCUGCUGCUCCUGCGCUUCAGCGGCUACGGCGAGGACCGCAAGGCCGACUUCUGGUGUGAUGUCAUGACGGCCGAGCUGCACCCGGUGGGCUGGUGCACCCAGAACAACAAGACCCUCAUGCCCCCCGAAGAUAACAUUUACCUAAGAAAAGCCAUCAAGGAGAAAUACAGCGACUGGACAGAGUUCCUGGUUCAGGACCUGACCGGCGCCAGAACGGCACCGGCCAACCUGCUGGAGGGGCCUCUGAGAGGUAAGAACACCGUGGAUCUGAUCGUCGAGGGCUCGGUUCUGGAGCUUCAGGACGUCUCGGGCCCGUUCCUCUACUGGCCGGUCCGAGUCAUCCAGAACGUGGGAGGGAGGCUGCGUCUACGCUACGCUGGCCUCUCUGAGGACCACCAGGCUCAGGACAACUGGCUGUUCUACCUGGACGUCAGGCUCCGCCCGUUCGGCUGGGCUCUGGAGAACCAGCUCGCCUUAGAACCGCCGACAGGACUCAGGUCGCUGAAGAGCGCCGCCGACUGGCAGGAAGCUCUGGAGGACGCUAGACAGAAGAGCUCGCUGCCGCUGGAGGUGUUCAAGGACCACGUAGACCUGCCCGAGCACUCCUUCAAGACGGGGAUGAAGCUGGAGAUGGUUUCUCCGUGGGAGCAGCUACAGAUCUGCCCUGUUUCUGUCACCAAGGUCUACAACGAGAGCUACUUCCAGGUAACGCUGGACGAUCUCUCCGUUGACACUAAGCCACGGUUCGUGGUGUGUCACGCCAACUCGCCCGGCAUCCUGCCCGUCCAGUGGUGUCUGAAGAACGGCGUGGGUUUGGAACGGCCUCGGGGCUUCGAGGGCCAGGACUUCGACUGGGCCGACUACCUGAAGCAGGGCGGGACGGAGGCGGCCCCCGACGCCGGCUUCCCUGAUACAUGGCAGAACAGAGGCUUUGCCAAGGACAUGUGGCUGGAGGCGGUGAACCCUCACCGGCCAGCGGAGGUGUGUGUGGCUCAGAUCACACAGGUCAGAGGACGCCUGCUGUGGCUCCGACUGGAAGGUGUGGCGAAGCCGCUGUCAGAGUGCAUCGUGGACGUCGAGUCCAUGGACAUCUUCCCUGUCGGCUGGUGUGAGGCCAACGCUUACCCUCUGACCCCUCCACUCAAACCUGUCUGCCAGAAGCAGAAGAAGAUAGCGGUGGUCCAGCCAGAGAAACAGUUGGCUCCGUCCCAGCCGUUAGAGACGAAGCCUGUCAACCUCUGCCAGCCCGUCGUCAUGGAUCCAGGCUCAGCCAAUGGCAGAUACUGCUGCUCCAAGAUUUUUGUCAACCACCGCUGUUUCUCAGGACCCUACCUCAACAAGGGACGCAUCGCCGAGCUGCCGCAGGCCGUCGGGCCCGGAAAAUGCACGCUGGUCCUCAAAGAGCUGCUGAGCAUGCUGAUCAACGCCGCCUACAAGCCCGGACGAGUCCUGAAGGAGCUGCAGGAGCUGGAGGAUCAGAGCUGGGACUGCCAAGAGGAGACCCUCAAAGCCAAAUAUAAAGGGAAAACCUAUCGCUCCACCAUCCGGAUCGUCCGCCUCGCAGACCAGAUCCCAGAGUUCUGCCGUAAGGUGUGCGUGAAGCUGCAGUGCUGCCCGAACCUCUUCAACCCCGUCUUCGUCACCGACAAGUGCCCAGAGAACUGCUCCGUUCAGACCAAAACCAAAUACACUUAUUACUAUGGGAAGAAGAGGAAGCUGUCCAAGCCGACGGGAGGAGAGGAGGCGGCGGAGGGAGACCUGGCCAAGCCGGCGCGCCGCAGGAAGAAGAGGAAAGCUAUCUUUGUGCAGAAGAAGAGACGCUCGUCCGCUGUGGACUACACUGCUGGCUCGCCGCAGGACAGCGACGAGGAUGAGGAGAUGAUGGCGUUGCAGUCGGGCAGCGAAGGCACCAGCUCGGAGCCACGCGAGGACCACACCGACGCCUCCUCCGUGGAGGUGACCAGCAGCCGCCCUCGCCGAGCCGUGACGCUGCGCAGGGCCUUCAGCGUCGGCAACACUACGGGCAGCCACGAGGCCCCCGAGGGCCGCAGGAGGUCGACUCGCUCGCUGUCGGCGUACAACCAGAACACCAAGUACCAGCCGCCCAAAGGACAAGACAUGCAGGUGCAGACAGAGAGACGGCACACUGAUGCAGGUUCAAGCCGCACAGUGGUGGAGGAAGAGGAGGGUCAGCUGGUUUUGGACAGAAAUCCUCUGGAGUGGAGCGUAGACGAGGUCGUUCAGUUUAUCAACUCUACUGACUGUGCAUCCCUGGCCAACAUCUUCCAGGAGCAGGACAUCGACGGUCAGGCCCUCCUGUUGCUAACUCUGCCCACCGUACAGGAAUGUAUGGACCUGAAGCUCGGCCCGGCCAUCAAGCUGUGUCACCAGAUAGAGCGCGUCAAGGUGGCGUUUUACAGACAGUACGCCAACUGAUCAAGGAGCAGCACGACUGGGAACUGUUGGAUUAGCUGCCUCCUCGUGGAACGUUUUGGAUAUGUGGAGUUUACGUGCAACAAGAAGGGAUAUUUUCUGGAGCGGUUGCGUUUGAAAAGCACAAACUAAGUUACAACAGGAGGAGGUUUCCCUACGAGACGUUGAAGGAUUAAUUUCUGGGAUACCGUCGGUGUGAAAAUGUGAUGCAGUACAAAAACUUCCCUACUGCCGACUCCGGCAGACGAAAACACAUUGGAGUGGAUUUACCGAUCUGUGAAGAAGUUAUUAUGAGAAGAAGCUGAGGACUCGGUUCUGAAGACAUUUGUGUUGAUUUAUUACUUUUCAUUUCCAUUUCAUUUGUGAUAGAGGAGCAUUAUAGCUUUUAAGUUAAAAAAAAAAAAGAAUUAUUGACCAUAAAGAGUUUUUCCCUUUUUUUUGUGUGACAUGAUUGGUUCUGAAAAAAAUAUAUUUGAAAGUAUUUAACAAACCAAGAAGUAAUAUAUUUGAAAUAUUUAUUGUUAUCCUUAUUUAUAAGGAGUAAUCUAUUUGGAUUUAGAGAAUUGAUCAGUUAUAUAAUUAUGUCCACAUUAACUCCUUUUCUGCUGGAACAAACCCCUAAAAGUUAUUUCACAAACAGAAACAGAAUCUACAUUUAUUUAGAUUUACACUUUGUGUUCAUAAGAGGAAAAAGCAGAAGAUAAGCCCUUCUAAAAUACUUUGUGUUGUGUUGCUCACUUCUCAUUGUUACAAUCACAUGAAACAAUCAUGUAAACUAUUUUGUGUCCAUCUAUGCAAAUGUGUUGCAGAUAUUUUUGAUAAGUAAGAAAAUAAAUUUCUAUUGAUUUUU